UCAGCUGAGAUUUGUCAGGGGUCACUCUUGGGAACUUGUGACAAGCUUCUUGGCUUCUUUGGCUUUUCCUCUACCAGUGGUGCCAUCUGCCAGGAUGGGUCAGGGUUUUACUGACCAUGUGUGGCUUCCCUUGGAACCAUCAGGGACAUUUUCCUCUCCUGUGACAAUCCUCUUUGCAGAAUGUGCACUGGUUGGCUUCCUGUUCUCCAGGGUCCUCUUGAUCCCCCUGAUCAGGAGGUCAGCCUCACCUUGAGCCCCAAGGAGUGGAGCCUGCUGCCCACGGAUAGAGACCUCCUUCUCUGCUUUAGAAACAGCAGUGGACCUGUCUGUGCCUUUAACUGUGCCUGCGUGACCACAUCUGGACCUGCGACCGCAGGAUGACGUGAUGAUGCCUGAGAGGGUGAGGCUGCAACACGAGGCUGCCGUUCAGCACCCCACCAGCAUCAUCGGGUGCCGUGUGAGGAGAGACCCCCCGGGUUCCACUGAGCGGUACACACGCUGGAUCAACCAGCUGGCGCCCGAGCAGCUUCUGACACAGGUGUUCACCGCCAACGGCCCCACAGUGAUCAUGCCCACUUGGUUCUGCUCACGAGCCUGGUUUUCCCACGUGGGUCCAUUUGACGAGGGUGGGCAGGGCGUGCCGGAGGACCUGCUGUUCUUCUACCAGCACCUCAGGAAGGGGGGCAGGGUCCUCCGGGUGGACCAGACCCUGCUCCUGUACCGCUACCACCCCCAUGCGGCCACGCUCUCCGUGCUUGAGACGACCAUCUGGACCCACCGUGUCUGCUUCCUGGAGGAGUGGGCCCUGCCCCAGUGGGCGUCCUUCACCAUCUGGAACGCAGGCAAGCAGGGACGCAGACUGUACCGCAGCCUCACGGCUGCCAGCCGCUGCAAGGUGGUGGCCUUCUGCGACGUGGACGAGAACAAGAUCAGGAAAGGCUUCUACCGCUACGAGGAGGCUCAGGAAAGGCCCAAGCCACGUGUUCCUGUCCUGCACUUCAGAGCUGCGCGGCCACCCUUCGUCCUCUGUGUGAAGCUGGACCUCACCGGGGGCGAGUUUGAAGAGAACCUCCGGUCGCUGCAGCUGCAGGAGGGCCGGGACUUUGUGCAUUUCAGCUGAGGGCUGUGGCCGCUGCCCUGGUGGGGUCUGAGUGGAGCGCCACUCGGGCUCCAGGACCAGGUCACGGCCUCCUUGGCCCGUUGCCCCAUUGCCCCUGGCUGCUGACGUCCAGCCUGCCUUCUGAUGGACUCCAGGCCUCAGAGGCCCUCAGGGACACCGGGGACCCGUCCAGCACUGGCUGAUGUGUCGGGCGUCACUGAGCGAGUCUCCGUUGUGCCUGCGCCCUCCUGUGUCUGAGGCCGGAGCCCUCGCACGUCCACCAGGCCAGCCUCUGCUCACUCCCAUGCCCCCACAGCUCAUCCUCACCCUCACUGCAGCCAGGCACUCUGGGACACAAGUGGACACUGGACUGUGGCCCAUCAGGGGCACGGGUCAGCAGCACUGGCCUGGCUCUCUGUGCCCCCCGGGGCUCUGCCUGCCUUUCCUGCACCCUCAGGGCAGGCCUGGGCUCCCACCAGCAUGUCACCACCCCGGCCUUCCCUGCGCUGGUGCUGUGUGUCCUGUGCCUGCUCCCUCCGCUGCAGCACACCGGCCACCUCCCCACGGCCUCUCCUGGCAGCCAGCCUGGCACUCCGCUGCUGUGCGUCCACAUUGGCCCAGUGCUCACUCACACGCGCCCCGUGUCGGCACAGGGUGCUCUGUGCACCUGAGAUGGUUCCGUGCCUUGAGCUGACCUGCAGCUGGGGGCAGGUACCAGGAGGCAGAGCCAUGUCACCAGGGGCCUCCAGCACACUGCUGAGGUGGGAGACAGGGCUGGAGUGGGCAGGCAGGAAGCUGGGCCCCCAGGGCACGUCUCUGUGCAGCAGCUGGAAACUAGACUUGAGCCAGGCCUCACCAAGCUCAGGCCGACCCCCAUGACUCAAAAGGGGGCAUGGCGACCUGACCGGGCCAGAGAGCGCGGGCAGGCAGGUGGACACCGAGGGCCUUAGCAGGGCUGGGCUGGGGGCCAGCUCCCCUGACCCUGAAGACGCACACACACCCUGGCCCCCAGCACUCUCCAGGACCCCUGCUUUCUCCGUGUGGCUCUAAUAAACCCUGUUACUUUGCCCUCA